ACGAGUCGUAUAUUUUUUAAAAAUUUCUCUCGUCACUGUCGCAAACCUACUUCCCGUACGUUUCCUGGUCCCGUAGUGUGUUAUAAAGCCCGUCGUCUUCGUGAGCAAUUAUUGCCUUCCAGCAUCAACUGCUUUUUCCCGUCAACUCGCGACUUCAGACUUUGGUUUGCUUAUCCGUACUGUCCUUAUCAGGAUUCCUUCGUCCCACGACCCCGCCACUCAUACCAGAUACGUUUGCGAAACGAUAAACGCAGAACAACCGUCAAAAUGGUCCAGAAGCUUUACGUUACCUACAACGAUGUGCACAACUUGUGCCAGGAGGUCGCUCCCAAGAUCCUCGAGACCUUCAACCCCCAGCUCAUGAUCGCCAUUGGCGGCGGUGGCUACGUUCCCGCCCGUAUCCUGCGCUCUUUCCUCAAGCGCCCCGGCUCUCCCAACAUCCCCAUCCAGGCCAUCGGUCUCUCCCUCUAUGAGUCUCUCGGCGAAGAUGUCGUUGAAGAGCCCGGUACCAAGGUUACCCGCACCCAGUGGCUCGAUCUCACUGCCCUUGGUUCCAUGAAGAACCUUAUCGGCAAGCGCAUCCUCAUCGUUGAUGAGGUCGAUGACACCCGCACCACCCUUGAGUACGCCGUCAAGGAGCUCCAGAAGGAUGUCGAGGCUGCCCGUCAGGCCCUCGGCGGCGGCGAGGAGACCCAGUUCGCCAUCUUCGUCCUCCACAACAAGGACAAGCCCAAGAAGGGCACUCUUCCCGAGGACAUCAUCUCCCAGGGCCGCUACUUCGCCGCUCUCACCGUCGGUGACGAGUGGAUCUGCUACCCCUGGGAGGCUGGCAACAUUGAGGAACACGACCGCAAUGCUGCCGAGGCCAAGGCCCAGAAGGCUGCCGAGGCCCAAAACUAGACGGGUGACAUCCGAUUAGAGAAGACGAAGCACAAAAGAGAUACCCAGAGAAGAAAAGUUACGCACAUACCACACCCCGAUGACGAACAGGAGGACCAAAAAGCGGCGCAUAUAGAACGGGAAGAGCAUGGAGUUGGAAUUCACAAAGGAAAGGUUACAUAUUUACGGUCAUCAUUACGGCGUCUCGGAUGAGUAUAGCGUGGCGAUGGGCAGCGAGGAUGGGGACUGAUGGGUCCGUUAUGAACUUUAGCCCGUUCGGUCACAACGUGGGGGAGCAUAGCCGACCGAUAUGACGAAUGUCUACCGGCACAACCUGAAAGGAAUCCCCCCUUGCCCCAUACCUACCUAAGAGGAAGUACUUCCGGCCCUGCCAAAGGGCUGUAAGCUUCAUCUGGUUAGCGGUAGCUAUAGUAAGGCACCACAUAAUACCCUUAACUCCCGGUGGGAUAUAUCGCUAGCUCGGGUUACGGCUUAGAUAUGUCGUCGAGCCAAAGCCAUAGGCUCGCGCCGCCUGCUAACCGCUUCGCUGCCCGCCUUGAUUCCUUUGUUUAUCGUACAAGGCAAAUAGAUCGAGAGCGUAUAUCGCGCGCAAAAAAAAAAAAGAAGUAAAAUUAUACAAAACAAGACCAACGUUUAAG